AAGGGGCGGCCGCGAUGGCCCUAUCCGCUGCGGCAACACAAGAAACGGCGCAACUAACUGGCGGACGCUCUAGGUUGGUCUUUCCGGGUCCUUCCACGCUUCGCUGGUAUUCCUGCUGAGCCCCAGCGUGAAUCCGAGGGAGAGGCGGAAAGGACCCUCUAAUCAAGCAGGUCUGCAGAACGGCUAAGGCGUGUCGGGCGCUUUCCGCGUGCCGGGCGCUUUCCGCGUGCCAGGCGCUGCGCGAACAGCUCUCCAAGCGUUAACUGACUUUUCUGCGCACCAGCCCCGUGAGGAGCAGAAAUGAGUGAAAGCAACUGGCAGAGUAGAAGACAUGAGAGAAGGAACCACCGGCAGUACCCUUGGUUCAGGCAACAUGGUUCUAAUAGGUGUAACACGAGGCCACAGCAACGCCUGCAGGAUUCCGGCCACGGCGAUGACGAGGCCCCGUCGACUUCAUCCAGCACAGCUGGCAGUUCUUCCGUGCCAGACCUACCAGGGUAUUACUUUGACCCGGAAAAGAAUCGCUACUUCCGCUUGCUCCCUGGACAUAACAACUGCAACCCACUCACAAAGGAGGGCCUCCGGCACAAGGAGAUGGAGAGCAAAAGGCUGCAGCUGCUGGAGGAGGAAGACAAGCAGAGAAAGAAAAUAGCCAGGAUGGGAUGUAAUGCAUCUUCCUUGCUACAAAAAAACAAGCUGGGUUUUCUCAAUGUCACCAGUUAUUGCCGUUUAGCCCAUGAGCUGCGACUGAGCUGCAUGCAGAGGCAAAAAGUCCAAAUUCAGAGCUCGGAUCCCUCCGCUUUGGCAAGUGACCGAUUUAACCUCAUACUGGCGGAUACCAACAGUGACCGGCUCUUCACAGUGAAUGAUGUCAAAGUCGGUGGGUCCAAGUACGGCAUCAUCAGCCUGCGCGGUCUGAGACCCCCCACGUUCAGGGUGCAUAUGCAUGAAAACCUCUACUUCACCAACCGGAAGGUGAACUCCGUGUGCUGGGCCUCACUGAAUCACCUGGAUUCCCAUGUUCUCCUGUGCCUCAUGGGGAUCGCAGAGACUCCAGGCUGUGCCACCCUGCUCCCAGCCUCGCUGUUUGUCAGUAGUCACCCAGGAGACCGGCCUGGCAUGCUGUGCAGUUUCCGCAUCCCCGGGGCCUGGUCCUGCGCGUGGUCCCUGAACAUCCAGGCAAAUAACUGCUUCAGUACAGGCUUAUCUCGGCGGGUCCUGGUGACCAACGUGGUGACGGGACACCGGCAGUCAUUUGGGACCAGCAGUGAUGUCUUGGCCCAGCAGUUUGCUGUCCUGGCUCCUCUGCUGUUUAAUGGCUGUCGUUCUGGGGAGGUCUUUGCCAUUGAUCUGCGUUGUCGAAAUCAGGGCAAGGACUGGAAGGCCACCCGCCUCUUCCACGACUCAGCAGUGACUUCUGUGCAAAUCCUCCAAGAAGAGCAAUCCCUGAUGGCGUCCGACAUGGCUGGAACGAUCAAGCUGUGGGACCUGAGGACCACUAAGUGUCUGAGGCAGUACGAAGGUCACGUGAAUGAGUAUGCCCACCUGCCCCUGCACGUGCAUGAGGAAGAAGGAAUCGUGGUGGCAGAGGAUGCUGAGAAGAGAAAUUAAGGUCAUUGUAAGGAACUGAAUCCUGGACGUUUUAACACCAUCCCUGUGAGCCCAUGAUCUGUAUUACAGGAGCAGAGCUGUCCAGCCACUACACCCCUUUGAAAGGAGUUACAAGUGGAUCACAGAUGAUGCUGUUUCUGGGCUAUAGAAUAUUCUGAUGGCAUGAAAGAUCAGUGGCGUUACGUAUGAAAUAGUAGGCCCUUGGCAUUAAGGAACGUGUUCUCAGUCUUCGCGCAUCCUCCAAUUUGCUAAUAUUCCUAUAGAAAGUACUUACUCCGCAUGGAGCUUUUUUGGCUAAGCAGCAUCACUUUGUUAGAACUUUCUUAGGCUCAUUUACUGCUCUCACCAUCACCAGCAGUUAGCUACCUUUGUAAGUCUGUUUUCCACCAGCUUUCCCUCAGAAGGGUUUGUGUGUGCUGCAUCAUAGAGAAGAGGUCAGCCUUGUUGAGGGGCAGGUAUGGGUAGAGGGCCAGCUGUAGUCGUCAGUGAACCACGCGGCCUGAGUUCAUCUGCGGUUGAUGCGGUACCGACAGUCUAAAGUCACUUUCUGGUCAAGAGCAAGUGUGAACUCCCUGAAUGCUGAAGGUCUCUUUCCUCCAGGAUCUCUGGUAGCACGUAUCAUGUGUCUGGGCUGCCCUCACCAAUGGUGUUAGGGGUCACAUUCCUCAGAACUUUGAGCCCUGACGACUCUAACUGGUCUCAUGAACUGAACCGUUGGAUGAGAAAGAGCUCUGGGGAGAGCUGUCACCUGGUUUGUCCCCAGGGUGUAAUGAAAAGAGAUCUUCCUGGUUACUUUUUGUUUCAUAAAAAGGAAGUGAGCUUUAUGUCAUCUAGACCGGUUGGGCUGGGCUCCCUCUUGAAUAGCCCUUGACACCAAGAGAAGCAGAAUACCCACCUGUUAGCCAGGGUGCCCGCUGAGCCAUCCGAGGGGUCACACAGCCAGCCAGUGUGUCUUCUUGCUUUGAAUACCUUCAGCCAGUUAUGGUUCUAGAGGGUGACCUGUAACUUUGCUUUUCUAAAGUGCAUAUUAUCAGUAGAAGUAAUUUCCGUUCGUGAGUUUGUGUUUUGGCUUCCAUGGAAGAAUCAAGAGAAGCCAUGUCCAGAAGUUCCCUCCAUUCUCCCACUGACCUACCAUGUCUUCCCUCUU